CUGUCCCUGCCCACCCACCUUUUAAUUCUGCAUACGCUCUCUCAACAACAGGGACAGAAUUGUAAUUCAACAACAGUUUGAAGCUCCCUCAAUCUCUUGCUUAUCAUCAUCAAACGCCUAUCUCUAUCUGAAACAAUCCUCAAAUUCUCUGUUUUGUUUAGAUCGUUUGAUUUGAUCAAGUCAUCAAUGGCGACUCUCUCCGCUUACUCUUCUCCUCCAUGGCCAAAUCCAAACCCAAACCCUAACCUUCUAUCUCCACAAAACGAAGUCGUUGAAGGACUUGACUCACCGCCACCCCCACCCCCACCGCCACCAGAGUCGCAAUCCCAAUCAUACGAGACUCUUUCUUCAAUUAUGCCCCAAGAUCACUGCAUCCCCGAUCACUCGGACCCUAAUCCUAAUUAUCAUCACCACGCUCGACCAGCGGCUGACUCAUCAACUACCUCUCCGCCUUCUUCGCCGCCCAUUUCAUUACUACACCUCUCAUUUAACCAAGAUUUCGGCUGUUUCGCAGCGGGCACGGACCAUGGGUUUCGAAUCUACAACUGCGACCCGUUUAGAGAGAUCUUCCGGCGUGAUUUCGAUCGCGGCGGCGGCGGCGGAAUCGGUGUCGUAGAGAUGCUAUUUCGUUGUAAUAUAUUAGCUCUUGUUGGCGGUGGCUCAGAGCCUCAGUAUCCUCCUAAUAAGGUGAUGAUUUGGGAUGAUCAUCAAAGCAGAUGCAUCGGCGAGCUGUCAUUUAGGUCAGAGGUCAGAUCGGUGAAGCUAAGAAGGGACAGGAUUAUCGUGGUUCUUGAACAGAAGAUUUUUGUGUAUAAUUUCGCGGAUUUAAAGCUUUUGCACCAGAUUGAGACAAUUGCAAACCCUAAAGGGCUCUGUGCAGUGUCGCAUGGUGCGGGUUCUUUGGUUUUGGUGUGUCCUGGAUUACAAAAGGGUCAAGUUAGGGUUGAGCAUUAUGCCUCGAAACGGACUAAGUUUAUUAUGGCUCAUGAUUCCAGGAUUGCUUGUUUUGCUCUUACUCAGGAUGGCCAGUUGUUGGCUACGGCUAGCACCAAAGGUACUCUUGUUAGGGUUUUUAACACUGCUGAUGGUUCCUUGCUGCAGGAGGUAAGGAGGGGUGCAGAUAGAGCAGAAAUAUAUAGUGUGGCAUUCUCUUCAACUGCCCAGUGGUUAGCAGUCUCAAGUGACAAGGGCACUGUUCAUGUUUUCAGCCUUAAGACUACUCCUGGAUCCCUAGGGACUGAUAGGUCACGUAACACAACCGAUCCUAAUGUUGGUGUUUCGUCUCCCACCUCAUCUUUAUCCUUCUUUAAAGGGGUUUUACCAAAGUAUUUCAGCUCAGAGUGGUCAGUAGCUCAGUUUCGUUUGGUUGAGGGCUCUCAUUACAUUGUUGCUUUUGGUCACCAAAAGAAUACAGUGGUAAUUCUUGGAUUGGAUGGAAGCUUCUAUAGAUGUCAGUUUGACCCGGUGAAUGGUGGAGAGAUGUCUCAACUCGAAUUCCACAACUUCUUGAAACCUGAAGCAGCCUUCUGAAACGACAUUUUUAUGUUUCAAUGCCUUGCAGAGAGAUAAUAUACUAUAUUUUUCAACUCUUUGUUGGUGUUUCCGCAAAUUAACUUCAUCUAGAAAAUGCUGCAUUAUGCUGUAAAUAUGUAACUAUGCAUCUGUAAAGUGUUCUAAAAAAAAAAAAAAAAAAAAAAAGGAAAAAAAGAAAAGAAAAAAGAAGAGAAUGAGAUCAUUAUCUCUGUUUAUGUUGUAACUAUAUCUUUAUCUGAAAACAAGACUAUUCAGUCAUUUAUGAAAUCUAUAAGUUGAGAUA